AUGGGGAGUGCAAUUUCGUCGAAGCAGAUACUUUCUGCCUGGGCAGUUUUGCUUCCCCUAGGAGGGGAGCUUGGAAGCGGGCCGAAGAGGUUUGCGGAGGGCGUCCUGAGAAUAUUCCCGGCGAACGACUCGAUAGACGGCAUACUAGUACACCUGCCAUAUAAGUUUAUAAAGCACAGGGUUCACAGCAGGGGAAUAUAUUUGCAGACCAAUUUUGAUGACCUCGAUUUGGUGAUUAAUUUGGUCGAAAUGCAGAAGAGGAUUACCAACUUGCAUUGCAAUUUGAGGAAAGAGAAGGGGAAAUUCAUCCGGAGGGGUGCCCCCCACGGGGAAGACGUGCUAAUUACGAACAAUUGCGUCGUCUUUGUUCACAUAAAAUAUAAAGACAGCUUAAAGAACAUUUUCCAGUUCAUGGAUUAUCUGUACCAACAUACAAGUGCCACUGCGCUGGUCUUCAUUUGUGACAACUUCUUAUAUGACAAUGAGAUAUAUAAUCCGCAUGAGGAUCUGAACACAACGAUCCUGCAUUCCAGUGUGCUGACCUACCUGGUGCCAUACGACUCCAUGAUAUCUUAUCAGAAGAAGGAUCAUUACGACAAGUACACAUUUGAGUUGUAUUGGGGAAUCACAAAAAAGAGUGAUGUUGUGCACAUAAAUUAUCACCUCGAUUUUGGGAAAUAUUUUAACUACACUUUUUUUCGCUAUAUGAAAAAUUUCCUUCUGGAUCUGAAGCAGUAUAUAACAUACGAGAUUCAUUUUAGCAUCCACAAAAAUUUCAGUAUCGACCCUCGAUUUUGCUUCAUCCGGGAUUCGUCUUACUGCAUAAGUGAACCUGACUACAUGAAUUCGAAUGUCGUGCGCGAGGUGGUGGAGCAGCAGGUCCGCAGCUUGUGCGUCUACCAGUUGACCGCCACAGGGGGAGACGACAAGAGGGAGGAAGCAUCCCAAGGGGAGGAGCACAUCACAGCGGAGGAGCACCUUCCAACUUAUACACAAAAAAAACAGUUCAGCGAGAAAUUCCUUCAGUAUAUAAAUGCCCUGUUCGACUUUGGGUUCGAAAAAAAUCUGUGCUCCAGUGGGUCCAACGAUUUGUCGAAAAAAUGUUCGGACAAAAUUUUAGCCCACUUGGGGGUACCCGUACAGGAGGUCAACAAAUGUUUCUUAAAAAAUUACCAUGCCUUCAUGAAGGAUAUGAUAAAAACUAAGUUUUAUGUUUACUCGAUUCAGAUAAAUGGGCAGACGUACAAGCUGAAGCUGAACAAGGAUAUUAGCAUACGGUUGAUCUGUUCGGCCUUCCGCGUCAUGCCCAAGCGCUGCGCGGACUACUUUGCGGGCGGCCUAUACGGCACCUCCCUUGUGCGGAAGUAG